AUGUUGUCAAGGAAAGUUUCAGCUUAUUUGAGGCCCAUCCGUUGUUGUACACAUACUGGUGAUAUAAACAUUGCUGAAACUGUGGCUAAUGUGCUUACUUCACUUCCUUUUAUUGCCAUUGGACUCCAAGCCCCAAGGAAGAAUGUCAAUUGUAAAAUAUAUGCAAAUUCAUUGGUUGGAGUAGGACUUGCAUCGAGUUUGUAUCAUGCUUCGAGAGGGAGAUUGAGGAAGUAUCUCAGAUGGGCUGACUACACCAUGAUCGCAACGCUUUUAAAGUGCCUAUCAAGAGCGCUUAGGAACGAGAACCCGAAGUUGUUGAUGACAGACAGCAUCGCCUUUGUUUCUACCUAUACAAAGGAAUUAUGGAGGUGUUUUUUCCAUAUCGAAUCAUUUAAUUCAGCCUUAGCUUUGAGAUCAUUAUAUAUGUUGCAUAAUCAAUGCGGGGCGUUUUUCAUGGCUGAUGACUUGCUCCCCCAAACUCCAUUUCUGCAUGCUGCUGUUGGAGUCGCCACUUGCAACAAGCUCUUAGACUAA